UACCGAUCGCAAAGUAAACGAGCACCUGUGCGCUGAGUUUCGUGGAGUGGACUAGUGUAAUAUGUGACUGUCAGAAAACUCGACAAAAUGGCGGGUAGCAUGCACGAAGGGCCUGAAUAUGGCACAGGGGAUUUCGUCCUGUUGCCAGAAGUCUCCAUGUCAGCGUUUAUGUCCAAUUUAAAAUUGAGAUAUGAAAAAAACAGAAUUUACACGUACAUUGGGGAGGUGGUGGUGUCGGUCAACCCCUACCGUACCUUGGACAUCUACGACAAAAGUUUUGUUGACCAAUACCGGGGCCGCGAGAUCUAUGAACGACCUCCACACAUAUUUGCCCUGGCCGACAGUGCUUACAAAACGAUGAAGAGAAACAGUCGAGACACAUGUAUCGUUAUCUCAGGUGAAAGUGGCUCAGGUAAGACAGAGGCUUCAAAAAUUAUCAUGAGGUACAUCGCUGCAGUUACCAAUCUCGGUGGACAGAAGGAAGUGGAAAGGAAUGAGGUAGAAAGAGUGAAAGACGUGCUAAUCAAAUCUAAUGUCAUCCUCGAAGCAUUUGGAAAUGCAAAGACCAAUCGAAAUGACAAUUCCAGUCGCUUUGGCAAAUAUAUGGACAUCAACUUUGACUUUAAGGGGGAUCCAAUUGGUGGCCAUAUCAGUAAUUACUUAUUAGAGAAAUCCAGAGUAGUUCAUCAACAACAGGGAGAGAGAAAUUUCCAUUCAUUUUAUCAUUUACUGUAUGGGGCCAAGGAUGAGAAAUUAGCAGAGCUCAAGUUGACACGAGAUCCAAUGAAAUAUCACUUCAUCAGACAAGGUGGAGACCCAAAGUGUGCCUCAUUAAAUGAUCGCGAGGAUUACCGUGCCGUCAUGUCGGCCAUGAAGACGAUGGGAUUUGCAUACAGCCACGCCGAAGCAUUGUGGAAAGUUCUGUCAGCAAUCCUACAACUGGGAAAUGUGGAAUAUGGAACAAGUGAAGACCAUGAUGUGGCGUUUAUUGAAGAUAAGAAAUUGCUUGGCAACAUAGCAGCCAUGUUGUCUGUGACCCCUGAUGACCUUGAGAAGGCUCUGUGUUACCGUGUGAUUGCUGCAGGGGGUCAAGUGGUGGAGAAGGGACUAAGUACAUCUGAUGCCCUGUAUGCUAGGGAUGCCUUCUGUAAGGCAAUUUAUGACCGAAUGUUUUCAUGGAUUGUGGCACAGAUCAAUGAGGCUAUUGACCCCAAGGUCAGUGGUAUGGGCUACGUCGGAAAGAACACGGUCAUUGGUGUUCUCGACAUAUACGGAUUUGAAAUCUUCGACAACAACAGUUUUGAACAGUUCUGUAUUAACUACUGUAACGAGAAGCUACAGCAGCUGUUUAUCGAGCUUGUCCUGAAACAGGAACAGGAGGAGUACAUGAGGGAGGGAAUCCAAUGGACCCACAUUGAAUACUUCAAUAACAAGAUCAUUUGUGACCUGGUCGAACAGCCCCACAAAGGAGUGCUGGCCAUCCUGGAUGAGGCCUGUCUCAGUGUCGGCAAGGUCACUGAUGAGAUGUUUUUAUCAGUGAUGGCUAAGAAACUUGGCAAGCAUGACCAUUUUACCUGCAGAGAGCUUGCCCCGUCUGACAAGACCUUAGAACACAGUCGUGACUUCCGAAUCAAACACUACGCUGGUCAAGUGCAAUACAGUGUGCUAGGGUUUAUCGACAAGAACAGGGACACGUUAUUCCAGGACAUUAAACGAUUACUGUACAACAGCAAAGAGUCCCUGUUGAAGGAUAUGUGGCCAGAUGGCAGCCAAAAAAUCACAGAGACAACAAAACGUCCCACAACUGCAGGAACUAACUUCAAGAAUUCCAUUAUUUCUCUGGUGCAAAACUUGGCUUCAAAAGAGCCACACUAUGUCAGAUGCAUCAAGCCAAAUGAGAUCAAGUCUCCAUCACGCAUUGACACAGAGCGUGUCCAACAUCAGGUCAUGUACCUCGGACUGCUGGAGAAUGUCCAUGUACGGAGGGCGGGCUUUGCCUAUCGAGCUGGCUACGGAAGAUUCCUCCAAAGAUACAAAUGUACCACAAAAGCAACAUGGCCAAACUUUCGAGGAAUUGAUAUCGAUGGUGUCAAGACUAUCAUUAACCAGUUCAAUUACAAUGACGACGUCAAGUAUGGGAAAUCAAAGAUAUUUAUCCGCUCGCCUCAGACCUUGUUUGCCCUGGAAGAAGAGAGGGACAGGUCCCUACCAAAGAUCAUCAUCUUCAUGCAGAAGAUGUGGCGAGGAGCUAAUGCUCGACGAAAGGCCAAGUUCAUGCGAGCUAUCUAUCUGAUCAUGUCACGAUUCAGGAGGUACAAAAUGAGGCGCUAUGUUAACAGCUGUGUAGAGCGAUUCAGGAAUGUACGUAACAUGAAAGACUAUGGAAAGUCAAUCCAGUGGCCAAGGCCUCCAUCUGUACUGGAAGGCAUGGUGGCCAUGCUACAACAAACUCAUGGACGGUGGCGUGCACACAUGAUUCUACGACACCAGCCAAAGUCAGAAUGGCCUGUAUUGAGACUCAAGGUCACAGCACAGGAUGUACUCCGAGGUCAGAGGUCAGACUGGGGGUACCGUAGAAGGUGGGAUGCCAACUACCUUUCCUCUGCACCCGAAGUCUCCCAGACAAAGGACAACAGUAGUACCGCUGAUUUUGUGACAAAGAUGAACUCACUCAAAACACACGAUGCUUUUACAAAGAUCCUCUUCUCUACAUACGUCAAGAAGGUGAAUAAACACAACCAGCAGGCAGAGCGAGCGGUCGCUAUCACAGACAAGUACAUCUACAAGCUGGACCCGAAUAAAAAAUUUAAACCCAUGAAGAAAGGAAUACCCACGUCUGAUGUCACUGGUCUUAGUGUAACUUCUGACUCUGACCAAUUGGUGGUCAUGCAUCUGAACGGAGGAAAUGACCUGGUCAUCUGCCUGUCCAGUCCAGGCAAAGAGGAACGGGUUGGCGAGUUUGUUGGCACUCUCUGCAGGUUCUGGCAGCAGAAAGGCAAAGAAUUGAAGGUCACAAUAUCCAAACCGAUCACAUGCAUGCUUGGAAACAAGAGACGUCAAGUUGCAAUACGACCAGCCGCGGCCACCAGCACACCGAUGUUCCGCAAAGAGGGCGCUGACCUUGCGCUACACUGGCCUGAGGCUUAGAGAUGAGGAGUACCAGUCUAAAUUCCAUGGCUUUCUGUGAUAUUGUUCACACUUACAGACAACCAUGAAUUAAUUUUCAGAACCUGUUAUCUCUAUUUAACCUUUAAGGUUUGUUAUGAUUCUUCAUCUGUCCUACCUUAGGUUCCAACAUUUCUCGUGUUCAUUUUACAGGAAAGAAUGGAGUUUGUGAGUUCAAAAAGGAAAAUAUUAUGAUCAAAUAGCUAAAAUAUUUAUUGUAAUAAGUUUAAAAAUGUAUUCCUAACAAAAAUAACAAAAUUUACAAUUUGCCUAUCCUAUACUAGACUAGGUAUUUUGCGAUGUUUUCAAUUUAUAAAAACAAAUCAAGGAUUAAUAGUUGUAAACCAAUUAAUUAAUUGAUUAUAACUGGUCAUCUAUAGAUACUAUGUGUAUUUUUUACAGAAUUUCAAAUUUCCAUUUUAGUUUUUCAAUAUUUAUCUAUACAUUUACAAUAUUAUUUAAGAACAUGUACAGUAGACUGAUAAUAGAAAGAUGAAAUGAUUAAAAAUCAAAUUUACGUUAUAAAAUAAACACUGGCUUUAUACUGUAUAAUGUACAUUUAGGUAAUAAUUCUUGCCAUUAAUUGAUCUAAAACCUCAUCUAGUACACUGGUAGGGUGCAUUGGUGAGGAAUAUUCUUUACUAAAUCUUUAUAUUCAUUUUAUUUGAUAGUAUAUAAAAGUUAAUAAUUUGUGUAGCUUGUCCGCCCAAAGGGCUGUCUGUCGCCCAUCGUCCGUCUGUCAGUAAACUUUUCCUAAGAAUCAUUACAAGUCAGAAAUGACUUGUUAGAUUAUGACCCAGUUUGGUCUGAUGCAUCCCUGAAUUAAACUUAGGGAAACCAAUUUUGAACAAAUAGUAGAUCUGGCCCCCCAGGGGCCUGAAGGGUGGGACCAAUAGGGGAAAUGUAGCAACUUCAGCAUUAUAGGGAUUUUUGGCGAUAUAUAACCAUGCGACGGGGCCCUUUCUGGCCUGUCAUAAUUCUAGUUUCCUUUGAAUUUUCUUUGGAACCAGAACGCUAAAUUUAGUUUAAAGAAAAAGUUGAAAUACAUGGUACUAAGGGGCAGAUCCCAAAAAGGGAAAAGUAUUUGUGAUAUAACUUGAGUGCUUUGCCAUGUUUACUGAUAUUUCCGGGUAAUACAGGCACUAUGAGUGUCCUGUAUUAUGUAGUUUAUAUACUUACUGUAAAUGAAGAAUAUUUAGAAAAGGCUGGUUUGACAUGUGUCUGAAACAAGAAAAGUUAUUCCCAAUUCUAGAGAAAUACCUGGUAUAUUGUAACAUUAUCUUACCAUGGACAUUCCCAAUGUCUGAUCACACUUUAUAAUCGUAUGUUUUGAUAGUUGUUAUUGUACUAAAUGCCAAUCCAUGGAGUCGUAUAGCAGUGAUACGGUGGUGUGAGGUCUAAUAGUCCCGUGUGUGAUGCAAGGAAAUGUUAGCUUGCAAAACAGAAUUCAUGUUUAGAACAAAUCUUCGUUAUCAUUGUUGGGUUGGGGAUAUUUAUUAUGUGGAUGUGUUCAUAUAUAUGGCUAUGUUGAUGAAAUCUGUAUUUGUAAUUUAGAAGUAUAAUAAUACGAGAUAUUUUCCAUCUCCUAUAAUUGUGUAUAACAUAUCCAUUUACCUGAGUGCCUGUAGUGUUUGUGUCUGUAAAGUACGAUCUCUAGACCAAAACAAUUGCUUUCCAAAACUUCAUAAUGUCUACACUUAUCAGUGCAUAUACAAUGUUUUAACAAGUGACAUUUGAUUUAUAUCCAUCUCUUGAAAAUGUAUUACAAUUUUUCAUGCUUAAAUUUUUUUACACAUUUGAAAAGUUUGUUCAAUUUCUUACAAUGAUCUGCUCUUGUUUUGCCAGCUUCAAGCAUGUUAAUUGAAUUUUUAUUCCCCUACCGUGGGAGGUCUUGUACAUUUGUCAGCUGUUUGGUCAAGGUCACCAUUUCUAUUCAAAAUCAUUGUCAGCAGUUUAAAGGCUUGAUUCGUUAAGGAUUUGGAUCAAACUUCAGACAUUUGUAAAGGACCAUAAAAGUCAGGCAGGGCCGGUAGGGGACAUGUAUUACUAAAGCAAUCCGUAGUAUGCUUGUUCAGUGUGAUAUGAGAACAAUAGAAAGCAGUCUUUGUUAAAACCUAAUGAUUUUGGAAUAUAGAGUCGUCUUCUCCUAAACAAUCAGUUGUCAUGGAUACCAUUAACACGACUAGAAACACAUCUAUAUUAUAUAUACACUUGGUCAUUUCUUUAGGGACUUUAACAUUUUGACUUAUCUCCAGCCAGAUACAGAUUUAUAGUAGUUCUGUGUUAUCAAUUUUUAAUUGAAAACAUGAUUUAAAUAUAUACUGUAAGUUGUUGUUGGACAUUUGUUAAACAAUGGAAGUUUGUAGGAAAACUUAAAUAAAUAUACAUUGUUAUUUCAGAGAGUGCCUUCUAGUUUCUGUUAUAAAGCUAAGAUUUAAAUAACAAUUGUGAUAUAGAUUCUACAUAUUUUUGUGUAACCUUAAUACUUCUUUGUAAUACUGUACUUACAACAUGUAUAAAAGAAUUGGGCUUAGCCUGUUCAAAGCUCAUAUAGAAAUGGAAAAUAUUUACAUUUUGUAUAUCUUCAAUUUUGUUCAGAAAUAUUUUUAUUAUUUUCAUCUACAUGUAGUUCUAAAAAAAAAUGUUAUUUUGAGAAAGUAUCCUUUGAUUACACAGCAAAUCAAUUAGGCUUUGAAUGACAAGGAACAUCCUUGUAUGAAAUCCUUCUUAUUUCUUAGUUUAGGUCUAAAGAAUUUUAAUUCAAAUACCCAGGUACAUGUACUCAUUUUUAUUGGCACAGAAUUUUGGAUACAGGCAAUGUGUUAUAGGGUCUGUAGGAAAAUCAGGUUUAGGUACAUGAAAUAAACAACAAACGUUGUAUUUGAUUUAGUUUGCUAUCCAUAGACUGAUCUCUCUGUCACUUCUCACACAGGGAGUGUACAUUAACUAUUGAAAUCCAAUCUUGUAUAUGAGAUUUACAACUUGCAAAUAAAUAACCCUGUCGCACCACUAAUUACUUUAACAUUAAGGACAUUUGUCCCUCGAUCAUAAUUGAAAUUCAGAUUUAGUUCGUUAUAAAACGUAAUCGAUAGAUAAUUCAUAAAGGCUUUUUAUGUCUUUACUGCACAGUUAUUUCUUUUUGUUUUUUUAUAUUCAUAGAAACAAUUUAUGCUUGAUAACUGAAAAAUGUCAAAACUGUUGUUGUUUUUGGGUUUUUUUAUCAUUAUUAUUAUUAACAAACCUGUUAAAACAGAAAGUCUGACAAACAUGUUUUGUUUAACUGAAAAUUUCAUUUAAAUGUGAUUGUAAUUUUUGCUUAAUUAAAUAAUACAGGACUUCUAAACAUAUUUUAUAGCUUACUUAAGCAAGAGGAUUAGGCUCAACUAACAGAAUCCUCUCCUGUGUGAAUUGUCCACACAUAUAUGUAUGUUGUUUAGAGUGCUAAUGGGUUGGUAUAACGUUUUAAACCAAUACUCUUCCCUUAAUGUUUGAAACUUUGAAACUAGAUAUUUCUGUUAUUUUGCAUUUAGAUAUAAUUGACCAGUAUUAAUUUUAUUUUUCUGCUAUAUAUAUAACAUAAUUAGAAUAAAAUCUGCAAUUUAGGAAUACCCUGUUAUUUGACAGAUAAUUUAUUUUAAAGGUCAGGAUGAUAAAGCCUAUUUCAUGUGCUAUUUUUUCAUAUUGUUGGUUUAAAGUUUGAAUUCUUUCUACAUUGAUUACCUGUUAAAGUUUAAUUACUGGUUAUGGGAUAGAGAUCUGCUGUUUUCUUUUACAUCUUGUAAGGUUUAUAAAUUGUAUGUAAUAAUGCAUACGUUUAGAUAUCUAUUUUCUAUUUUGCAAUGUUAUAUCGAUUGACAUUAUGUAUACCAAUAUACAUUCAUUAAAUUUAUUUAAAAACAAG